GUGUAAAACGAUUACAGUGAAUAUCUCAAAAUUGACUGGUCGAAUUCGUUUUUUUUUAAUCUGAAAAUUUUUGUUUUGAUGUCCUCUCUUACAAUCAGCUGAAUGAAAUAGGGAAAAAUAAUAGAAAUACACACAUAAAGAUUGUUUAAUCAAAUAAUUAGACGUUUUUGCCCAUUUUCUUCUAUAUUAAUUCUUAAUAAAUAUGCAUCAAUAGGAAAAAACAUUGGAAAAAUCAUUCGGAAGCUCGUCAUUGCUUAAUUGAUGGCAAAGAAAAAAUGCUUAUACGUUUGAAUGACUCAUCUACAGACGCAUAAAUGUGGUCACUCCCGGGUUUUUUAAUUCGACCGUUAACAAACAAUUUAUUCUUGAUGCUGAGGAGAUCUUCGGAGCAGCUUUAAUUUAAAAAAAAAAUUAAAAAAAUACUGAAAUAUUAUUCGAAAAAAAAAAUAAUAAAUUCUCUUCUUUAACUCUUGUAUUAAUUAACUCACGACAAUUGAUAAAAGAAUUGUCUUGUCAAAGUCCCAUAAAUCGUCCCAUUUGGUCUUACAUCUUGGCCACAUGCCCACUGUGAAGUUAUAACUAAUUAAAGACGAGUCAGUUGCAAGUGUUCUCUCCCGCGUACUAGUCCGAGAUUACAACUGUUGUUGAUGUACUCAUUUGCACAAAAAAUUUAUUGAAAUUUAUUCACAAAUAAAUCAUUUCCAUAAAUACAGAGCUAUCAUCUCCUUUAAAGUUGAACUGGUUAAAUAUAGAAUUAACGGGGACUCAGACUGUGAUAAACGGCAUGUGUACAGAAAAUGUUCAGUCCAGGGAAAUAUUUCGUUCGGUCAGUUUGUGACUCUUGAGACAAAUCCUUACACUCGGCUCAUUCUCUUAUUAUUGAGCCCUUCGGUCCAUUUUGGACAAUUUGUCGCGGUUUGAAUUCUCAAAAAGUCAUCAUUUAGUCGAUUGGUCUCUUAUUUGUUCAAAUUAUGAGUGUUUGGACUAAAUUGACGGUGGAGGGUGCUGGUGUCAUAUCCAGGGAUGAUUUACAUACGAGCAUACGGAGGAAGGAUGUACCGACAAUAGAAAAACUGCCGGAUAAAGUGCUGCUUCACCUGUUCAGUUAUCUCUCUCACCGAGAAAUCUGUCAACUAGCUCGUGUCUGCAGACGAUGGCGUCUUAUCGCUUACAACACAGCACUCUGGAAGCACGUGUCCCUGAGACCGGAAGUAAGUGGACUCCAUGUCAACUCUCUAGAGAUGCUGCUGCAGCUCAUCAGUCAACGUUUUGGGGCUACCCUGAGGUACAUUGAGCUUCCAAUCGAAUUGAUAACUCACACAGUCCUUCACGAACUAGCGAACAAGUGCCAGAACUUGACGCACAUGCUUCUCGACUUCUCCACAGCUAUGCAACUCCAUGACUUCUCCGAGAUGCAGGCGUUUCCUACAAAAUUGAAGUAUAUGUGUAUUUGUCUGUCCGAGGUCAUCUUCAUGGAAGGAUUCAUGAGGAAAAUUUACAACUUUAUCAAUGGCCUUGAGAUUCUUCACCUGAUCGGAACUUACGAAAAGGUCGAGGAGGAGGAAGAGGAGAUCUACGAGGUGAUUAAUGUCCACAAACUGAAGUCUGCAACUCCCAAUCUUCGAGUCAUUAAUCUAUACGGAAUUAAUUUUGUGGAUGACUCUCAUAUCGAUGCAUUCUCGUCCAACUGUAUUCAACUCGAAUGUCUCGCUGUUAACUUUUGUAAUAAAGUAACAGGAUCGACGAUGAAGACAUUAUUUCAGAGGAGCAGACGACUAAGGUGCCUUUUAAUGCAAGGAACUAAUCUGCAGAGUGAAUACGUGAUGCAAGUGGAAUGGGAAAAAUCAUCAAUUCAAGAGCUAGACAUAACAGCAACAGAUUUGUCAACUGAAUGUCUGAUUGAUAUGCUAACGAGAAUUCCAGGCCUACGAUUUCUGAGCGCAGGACAGUUGAAUGGUCUUAAUGACAGCGUACUCAAGGCCUGGACCGAAGUUGGAAACCCAAGGAAUCUGAUCGCCCUGGAUCUUGACAGAUCGGACAAUUUAACUGACGAUGGACUACACAAAUUUUUGUCUAGACAUGGACACCAACUGUGGGGUAUUGCCCUCUCGGGAAUGCCACAUAUAACCGAUCAACUGUGGCAGAGUGUUCUACCUAUUUUAACUAAUGCCAAAAUUGCUGUCAUGGGAACGCAGGAGCGACUCGGAGUAAAUAUUCACGUCGAUCAAUUGAUGGAUGGAAUAGCGAAUAACUGUCCAAACUUGGAGAGACUAGAGUUGCGUUGGGAUCCGGAGAACCUGAGAUUCUCUGAUAAAUCCCAGAAAGCUAUUGACGUACUGAGGGUGAAGUGUAUUAAACUGAGGUGUCUUGUGCUCAGUGAUGGAAGGUACUACGAAGUGGUUAAAGCGAACUUUGAGCGUGCAGACAGACUCACAGUCGUCCGUGCAACGACUUGCUGCAGAGUUACAAACUACUACCUGUUGCAGAAUUAUAAAGACUUAAUAUUUAAUUGACUGAUUCAAUUAAAACUUCGUGCCUAAACUGCUGUCAAUUGAAAUCUCAAACUUUUCAAUGAAGAAUUCUGCCAUUCACAGAAGUGCCUACGUUACCUCAACAUCGUUUAUAAUUUAUAAAAUUAUGUAAAUUUUUAGAAGCGAGAAUAAAUUAAUUAAUAUUUGUUCCAAGAAACUAAUUUUCAAU